AUGAAAGGUGCAGCAUUUGACUGGAUUGACGUAAAUAAUGUUAACGAUGUUAAGGUUUAUCGAGCUACUGAUAAACGAGAAGUCGAACGAUUCACUUAUUUUCCAACUUUAAACGAUCGCAUCUUUCAACAGCAACGUCGUCAUUAUCCAAUCGUUGAAAUUAGUCUACCGAAACAAAAUAAUAAUUCAUUACGAUAUUUCGACACAUUUCCUGUAAUUAGUCAAGAAAAUCAACUUUUUGAUUCUGGAAAAGAACGUUUUUUAUCAGAAAAAGAAAUUUGUGGCGACCAAUAUAAAGAAUAUAAUAAUAAUUCGCUUAUAACAACAACAACUCGGCCAAUUCGAUUUGAUUCCGAACAAUUGAAUAGAUCAAUCUACGAUCAGCUACCGCAAUCGAAUUUAGUUGACGAACGUGAUAAGAAUAAAUUAUUCGAUCACAGAAUUGAUAUUUCCAGCUUGGAUGCUUUAUUAAGCGACGUUUCAACAGCGGAUAUGUCAAAAACGACCAAAGGAUGGCAAUCGUCAUUUUUGACGAUGCGCGAUAAAUUUGGUAAUGCAGAAAGAUGCGACGAAACUGUGAAUUCAUAUUCUACGACUAAUUUUACGACUAAUGGGUCAAGAACAGUACCGCGAGGAGGACUUUUAAAAUCCGCUAGUCAUGGUGCUAUUACCAUUGGUGGAUCAAAUGACUUAAACGACAGACAAAAAUCUUUGUUAGAAAAUGCUGUUGAAAAGCGCGCUGCUGAAGCACCUGAGUUACGGCAUUCAGGUCCUAGGCAUGAAUUGGGUUCUUUCUGGGAGGAAAUCGUUCGGAAUCAUUCAGGUUUGCCCCAGCGUACACCGCUACAAAUGACAGCCGCUCAAAGAUUGGAGAUGCUUCAUGAGCCAGUGGAUGAACGACGGCAUCAUGAGGGUCGAUUUCCUUAUCAUAGCAAUGGAAGUAGGCUCGCAGAACGGAAAGCUCAGUUCUUAAAAGAAACUUUAAAAUCUUCAGGAACAAAUGAACGAAUACUUCCUGGACACUUAUCACAAAAUUCAUCAAUGCCAAAUGGAUUCGGUAUAUCGAAGAGAUUCGAAACGACAGAGCAAAGAAGGCAUGAAAAUGGUCCGAAUUUUUCAGCCUUAGAUAGUGCUGUCGCAGAACUUGGCCACAAUAAUAUUAUAUAUAAUAAAUCGACUCAUAGCGGUGGUUGUCAAAAAUUUCCAACUGAUGAACUCUCAACACUAAAUCAACCUCUGAAAAAAUACCAGUCACAUAGUCCGAGCCCGGAUGCAACAAGUGACACCAGUUCAAAUUACAAUGCUCCAACUGGCCUUCCACAUCCCAAGCCUAAGCAUAAUAUUCGUGAACAACUUAUCCAAGCCGGUUUUGAGCCACGUGGUAGUGUUGGUUACGCAAACCGAGUUGGAAAUCGAGUUGGAAGUUCGACUAAUUUUCCAGCGCCAUCAAGUGGUAGUGUUGCUUCUAGAAUAUCUGAAUUUGAGAAACGGCCCGGUGCCCCUAACUUAUUGCAAAUUGCAUGUGCCCUAAGUGGCAUGCCACAGCGAAGUGAGUCGCCCAUACGCUCACCUGUUGGUCCAAUGUCACCACGAUCUUCUGUUUAUCGUACAAAACCAGUAAUCCAUGCUGAUCUUGGUAAUUCACCAAAAAUACAUACAGAAAUGAAUGGAGGACCACCGUCUAUAUUUCAGUUUCCAUCACUGAAGACUGUAUGUCCAAAUUUAAUCCGAGUUUUUCAAUUCUUUCAUAAUUUAUUUUAUAUAAUUUAUAAAUAUUUUAUCAAUUUAUUCAUAUUCAUAUCUCAUAUCUCAUUAUGA